UGCACCUCAUCUCUUUGCUGUCUUUGUAUCUAACACGAACCUUAAAUCUCUUUCCAUCUCCUUUACCUCCCUCUAUAUAAACACCUUUCCUUCACUUCCCUUUCCUCUUUCUAAUCUCAUCAUUUCUUCCUUUUCAGAACUGUGUAUAUUCCUCCCCAGCUCGGGACUUCUGUUGGGCCUGCUAAACGAGCCUGAUCGUACAUACUGCACACAUAUAUUCUUUUUAUUUAUUUUGCUCUUUCUCAGCUGCUUUGUUCUUUCAUUUGACGUUUUCUUUCCAAAAUUUGGCAUCUAGAGAGUGUUGAAAAAUUAUAAAUGGAAGGUGGUUUUCAUGUGAUGGCUGAUCAAGGCGAAAACUGUGAUAUUAGUAAUAAUAAUGGUAUUACUGCUGCUAAUACUAAUAGUAGUGGUGGUCGAGCUAUGGAGCAGUUGGAUUUGCCUCCUGGAUUUAGAUUUCAUCCGACGGACGAGGAAAUUAUUAAUCACUAUCUGAUUCGGAAGGUCCUCAACUCGAACUUCACUGCAACAGCGGUGGCAGAAGUUGAUCUCAAUCGUAAUGAACCAUGGGAUUUACCAAAGAAAGCAAAGAUGGGAGAAAAAGAAUGGUACUUCUUUUGCCAGAGAGACAGGAAGUAUCCGACGGGGAUGAGAACGAAUAGGGCAACUGAAUCCGGUUACUGGAAAGCAACCGGAAAAGAUAAGGAGAUUUACAGCAAGUCGAGAAAAGGAGGUGGACCUGGCAGCAGCAAGCAACUGGUAGGAAUGAAAAAAACACUGGUUUUUUACAAAGGAAGAGCUCCCAAAGGAGAAAAAUUAGAUUGGGUCAUGCAUGAAUUUCGACUUGAAGGCAAUCUAUCUUCUUACAACUUGCCUAAGCUGGCCAAGGAUGAAUGGGUUGUAUGUAGGGUUAUCCACAGGAACACAGCAGCAGCACUAGUGAAGCCAAGUUCAAUGCUGGACCUCACAAGGAUGAACUCUUUCGUCGACAGUCUAUUGGACUCUCCUUCAUUGCCACCUCUCAUAGACUCUCCUUUCCGGAAAGACGAAAAGCCUAUUGCUUCCAACUUCACUAACAUCAAUAACACUACUUCUAGCAGUGUGCAGCAUUACAAUGCAACAUCUCUUGCUCAUUAUCCAAAACCGACAGCUUUGGCCUCAGAUGGAAAUACUAUCUACUAUCGUCAACCUCAUAUGCAUCCGCAAAACUACAAUCCUACUAGCUUCAAUACGAGUACUAAUUAUUACCAAAUGCCAGUAUACUCGCAAAAUCCAUACCAUAAUCCUUCAAGUGCCACUCCUGGCAAUUUGUUGCACCAGAAAAGGCCUGAUCACCAUUUGAUGCCAAAUUUCCCGGGAUUGGGCAAUUUUACUAAUCAAAUUCCAGGUGAGUGGCAGUGCAAGGUGGAGCAAUUCUCGACGAAUCAAUCAAUGGUUAGCCAAUCUCAAGACACUGGCAUCAGCACUGACAUGACCACUGACAUAUCAUCAUCAAAGCAGGAGGAGAAUAAAGGCAAUAUUAUUCGACAUUUCGAUGACACUGAGGAUCAUUCUGUCAUUUGUCCACUUUCAGAUUUGGAUUCAUUCUGGAAGUACUGAAGAAUAAUGCCUAGGAGGGAACCAAAGUACUGGUAGAAUCUAAUUGUCCUUAAACUUUAAUCAAGGAUGAUUAGUCCAAAAGGGAAGGUUCAUGGCAAUGUGAUAAAUUAUUGUUAAUUGUAGUUUAACUAAUUGGUUAGCAGCAGUAGAUGCAGUUAAAACUUAAUUAUCAGGUUUCAUUAUCAGAUAAUAGGUACAGUACAACAGAGGGAAUAAACUGAUUUGAUAUAGUGUAAAUUGACUAAUUAUACUCUCUUUGAUUUCAUAAUAUUAUAUAUGUGUUUCACUGUUUGUUGA